AGUCUGAGUCGUUAUGCAAGUGCGAGACGGCAACGCAAACUGGUUUGAAAUUUCUAACGCGAGCUUGGUUCCACACAAAACUCUCUUGUGGGAUUUCUUGUCUUUCAAGCGAUGCUGCUUUGCUCUGCUGGAUUCGGCGCUGCAUCUGCAUUUUUGCUGCAGAGGAGGUAACAUCGCAGAGGAAUUUGACACGAGGAAUUUCUCCAUGAAUGUAGCUGAGGGUGUACGCUGGUGGAGAGAGUCGUGCAGGCAACUGAGAAGAUGUGAAGUUGAUUGAAAAGGUCUGCCGCAGGCUGGGCACAAAUAUCUUCCGUAUGAACUUUUGGAGUUUCUGAAGAAUCUUGAUACGUUCGUAGUAGUUCUCACUCGAUCAUCAAGGAGCUGCCCAAAAUGUACUUACCAUGUAGCACGAAGUCGCAAUUUUCUGUUCUUCCGGAAUUCUCAAGGUUUGAAACUUGUUAAACAGCAACGCGGUGCAUUAUCAUGCUCAGAGGGAAGAUAAUUCUUGCAAUUUGGUCUCCGUUCCGAUGUUAGAUGAAACAUCGCAGGAGGGCUAUGGCUUGUACCGGGAAGUUUUUGCAUCCAGGAACAAGAAAAAGAGUGCAAUUGCUUUCCUCACAAUUAUGUUGAUAGCAGUAGUAUUGUACACGAGCAAAAUUGUUGCUCCCAAAUGGCUGGAGCUCUUCCAAAGGGAGAAACAGUAUCUUGUACGUGAUAUUGUCAGAAACAGUGCUAUUACGAGCUGUCAUUCUCAGCCUUACCGGUCAUCAUAUCAUUUCCAACCUCCCAAAAACUGGAUGAAUGACCCAAAUGGACCAAUGUACUACGAAGGCUUUUAUCACUUAUUCUACCAGUACAAUCCCGGAGGAGCUGUGUGGGGCAACCUUACUUGGGGUCAUGCCGUCUCCACAGACCUUAUCCAUUGGCGUGAUCUUGAGCCUGCCUUGAAACCUGACGAAUGGUAUGACAAUGGAGGCGUAUGGUCUGGUUCAGUCACUAUCUGUCCAGACGGAUCACCGUUGAUUCUAUACACAGGUGUAGCAGAUGAUCUUGAGCAGUCACAGAACUUGGCGGUACCCGAAGAUCUUGCUGAUCCUCUUCUUCGCAAGUGGGUGAAAAGUCGAGAGAAUCCAAUUCUUCGACACCCUGUUGGAAUUGAUAAAGAGGACUUCAGGGAUCCAACAACAGCUUGGCAGGUAAAUGAUGGCACGUGGAGAAUACUAGUUGGAGCCAAAAUGGGGAGAGAUGGAAUGGCGUUGCUUUAUAAGAGCGAAGACCUACGUCAUUGGGAGCUAGAUGAAAAUGUGCUGCACACAGUUCCUGGCUCGGGAAUGUGGGAAUGCUUGGACUUCUUUCCUAUUGCACCGUUUGGACGAGAAGGGUUGGACACGUCAGUCAAUGGGCCUCAUGUCAAACAUGUCUUGAAAGCGAGCAUGUAUGAUGAUCAGCACGAUCAUUAUGCAGUGGGUACUUAUAAUUUGUCUACAGAAUCGUUCACACCUAUCAAUCAUGCUUUGGACAUCCAGCACGGCUUGCAUUAUGACUACGGGAAGUUUUAUGCUUCGAAGUCUUUCUAUGACCCAGUGAAGAAGCGUCGCAUCGUGUGGGGUUGGUCUAAUGAAUCCGACAGUGCAGCUCAAGAUAUUGCUAGAGGAUGGGCAUCACUCCAGGCAAUACCGAGGGUGUUGUGGUUGGACACUGCAUUAGGAGACAGCUUAAUACAGGCACCUAUCGAGGAGGUCGAUGAUUUGAGGGUCGGCAAGGUUUCCAAAACAGAUGUGGAUUUGGAGGCAGGCAGUGUCAUCAAAAUCGAGGGAUCCUCUGGAGGCCAGCUGGAUAUUGAAGUCAUAUUUGAGUACCCCAAUGUCUCCAACGUGAUAGUUCAAGAUUAUGGUUUCCUGAAUGGACCAUUUGACUGUGGUAAUGGAGGAUCAGCCCAGCGAGGUGUAUAUGGCCCAUUUGGAUUGCUGGUGCUCACAGAUGACGCUUACCAAGAGCAAACUGCUGUAUUUUUCUACAUCGCCCAGGACGCCAAUCAGCGUUGGGUCACGCACUUUUGCAGUGAUCAGAGCAGAUCUUCUCUUUUGCAUGAUAUUGACACAACUGCGUUUUGGAGUGAUGUUCGCGUCUUGCCUACUGAGAACUUUCUGUCUCUGCGUGUCCUGGUGGAUCACUCUAUCGUUGAAAGUUUUGUUCAAGGUGGACGAAUGGCUAUAACAUCGCGUGUUUAUCCUAAAGAAGCGGUGGACGAGAAAGCUCAUGUAUUCCUCUUCAACAACAGCACAACGCAGAUUACAGUUCGCAGCAUCAAUGUCUGGCAGAUGCGGAGUAUUACCGUACUCCCCCUUGCAUGAGUUGCAAUUUUUCAUUUGAGAUUUUUAUGAAUCUUUGAAUAAGAAAUACUGUUUUCCAUGUUGGCAUCAUUACUGCUGAAUAAACCAUGUUUGUCGUGAGAAAGCUUUACGACGUGCAAUCAAA